UAGAGAGGUGAGCGCUUCACUUAUUCCCUUCCGGUGGGGAAUCUUUUCUGGCAGCGCCUCCGCUCAAACCAAGCGACGCGGCAGUGUCGGGGAGCGGGGAAUGUUUCCUUCUGGGCCGUCGGGGAGUGCGGAGCAGGAAGACAAUGGUGACCGCCGCGCUGUGGAGGAGAGCCUAUUCUAGCGGCGCCGCCGCCGCCGCCGCUGCGGGAGGAAAGGGAGCGGGCCUCCCCGGGGCCGUAGCCAAGCCGGGCGUGUGGGAGCGACUACGCGAUUGGGUCUUUCGGCUCCUGCAAGACUAUGCCUCGGCGUGCUCGGACGCGGCGAUCGCGGCGCGGGAGCGGCCCUUGCGGGCGGCGCUGUACGCGGGGCUGCUAGGGGGCGCGGCCGCCUGCGCUCACCGGACCCCGGAGGAAGCGUCCUUCGAGGAGGCGCUGUUGGAUGCGUCCGGGACCCUGCUGCUUCUGGCGCCGGGCACCCGCAACCCCGGCUCGGAGGCGCACGUGCAGCGGCUGUUGUGGCUGCGGGGCCGGGGCCGGCUGCGCCACCGCAACCUGGGCGUGUGCUCGCUGCUCUACGAGGCUCCGUGCGACCCCGAGGCCAGUCUGUACCAGGCGCGCUGCAGCCACCUGCAGCCGCGCUGGGCCGACUUCCCGGGCCGCGUACUUGACGUGGGCUUCCUGGGCCGCUGGUGGGUGCUGAGUGCCAGGAUGCGCGACUUCGACAUCAACGACGACGAGUUCCGCCACCUGCCGCCGCACCUGCGCACGCUCGGCGAGCACCAGCUGCGCUCCGAGGCCAACGAGCGGCUCUUCGACGCCAAGUACCAACCCGUGGUCCUCACGGAGGACCAGGUGGACCAGGCCCUGUGGGAGGAGCACAUGCUCCAGAAGGAGAAAAAGGACAGGCUGCUGCGGAGCGAGGACGCCCCCGAGGGACUGGGGACCCAGGCGGCCACGGGAUGAAGCCCCGCUGCUUUCGGACUGCACGGGACUGAGCGCCCUCGUUGUCUGCUCGCUGCUCGGUGGUUAAGGGAGGGGAAAAUUUAGUGAAAUAAACUGUUUUUUUUCUCUCUC